CCUGCCUACCUACCUACCUACCUACCUACCUACCUCCCUCCCUCCCUCCUGGCAUAUACAGCUUUACUAUCGUAAAGUUGUCAUGGGACAGAAAAUACCGUGAUGGAGCCCAUUUCAUUUGGUAGCUCUGAGUUAUUAGACUACCCGGUUAGCAUACGCAUAAUCAAUCUUGAGGGCGACGAAACACCUCAUCUGUACUCAACGUUACUGAAAAGACCCGAUCUUAGACACAUUGGCUCCAACUUGAGUCCUCAUUCUGAUCUUCAUGUUACCGUCCAAGUAUGGGCUGGCUCGAAGCCCCUAACAGUCCCUGUACAGACAUCAUAUAAGGCGUUCCGUAAUGAGAGGAGGUGGAACGAAUGGCUCACCCUACCGAUUCCCUACAAAUCCCUCCCGAUCAAUUCGUAUCUUGCCAUCACGAUAUGGGAUCUGUCCCCGACCGGCGGGAAACAGGCCCAAGGCCAUGCGAUCCCCUUCGGCGGAACAACACUCCCCCUAUUCGACCAGGACAACCAGCUACAAAAGGGCAGGCAGAAGUGUCUAGUUCAUCGCCACAAACAAGCAGACGGAAACGACAACACAACUACGCCGUCGAGCACCGAAAAGAAGAAGAGUGGUUCUAAAAAAGAGAGCAGCACCCUCGUAGAUAAAGAAACCGAGGAGCUUGAACGCCUCGAGAAGCUUUUCAAAAAACACGAGAUGAACGAGAUCCCCAGAGUCGAAUGGUUGGAUCAGUUAGUCUUCCGCGAGACGGAGAGGCGUGGCUUAAAGGCGGCAAGGAGUUCGAUUAAAUCUCUACAACGCCAGUCGACCAUCAAUGUUACAAAGGACGGAUCCCAGAAUAACACGACGAAUCUCGGAGCAAAUGACCAGUUGAUGCCUGGCCCGUCGAAGUUCAUGCUGAACGUGGAACUACCUCGCUUCGACUUUCCCGUCGUGUUUGCAGACCACGAAUAUCCGUCGCCGCCCGUCUCCUCUUUCCAACACCUUUCGGCCUCUCAAUCUAAUAUUAUAAUGAAGCCCCCUCCAGAGGUGUCGUAUGGCCCCGGUAUCAACGGCCCCGAUAGCGCGGGACACGGUAUGAGCGGUCGUCUCGUCAGCAUAUACGACCCGGAAGUUGGGGCUCGGGACAACCCGGCAGAAAGCAAGCAUAGGCGACUUGUUAGGAGUCAGCACCGUCACGGAAUAUUAGACAAGGAUUUGAGGCCCAACGCCAAAGUCCGCGACGAGCUGAAUACGAUCAUGUCGUAUUCGCCGACCCAUACUUUAUUGCCCGAGGAAAAGGAUCUCGUCUGGAAGUUCCGCUACCAUUUGACCAAGGACAAACGCGCCCUCACCAAGUUCGUCAAAUCCGUCAACUGGCAGGAUCAGAGCGAAUCCAAGCAGGCCAUCCAGGUCCUCAGUAAGUGGACCGACAUUGACGUGGACGACGCGCUGGAGUUACUCGGCCCUACUUUUGACAACCGGGCCGUGAGGGCGUAUGCGGUCGAUCGGUUAAGGAAGGCCGAUGAUCACGAAUUACUUCUCUACCUGCUCCAACUGGUCCAAGCUCUCAAGUUCGAGCAUAUAUCAACCGACUCUAGCCAAGCUGCUGUACGCGCCUCCUCGCUCGCUAACUUCUUAAUUUCGCGUGCCGUGGAAAAUUUCACCCUCGGGAACUAUUUCUAUUGGUAUCUCGGCGUCGAAUACGACGAUAAGAGCAACGACCAGGGAGAAGAGGUACGUACUAUGUACGCUAAAGUCCAAUACGAUUUCAUGAAGGAGCUGGAGGAGCGUCCAGGAGGUCGAGAAACAAGAACUACUAUUAGGAGACAAGCCGAACUCGUCACGGUGUUAUCUAAGAUAUCGGCCGAGAUUCAGGCUUCAAACGAGUCGGUGGCCCGGAAAGUGGAAAAGGCCAAGUCUUUCCUGGCAGAUCCAAAAAAUGAGGUUCUAUCUAUCGACCCGCCUAUACCUAUCCCUCUAGACCCAUCGGUCAUGGUAGCGGGCGUGAUCCCAGAAGAAACGCGGGUCUUCAAGUCCUCUCUGUCGCCUAUUAUGGUGACAUUUAGGACGACUUCGGGCAGCAAAUACCCCAUACUCUUCAAGACCGGCGAUGACCUACGUCAGGACCAACUAGUCAUCCAGAUUAUCACCCUUAUGGACCAGCUGCUACAAAAGGAGAACCUAGAUCUCAAAUUAACGCCAUACAAAAUUCUCGCGACUAGCACGACCGCGGGAGCCUCUCAGUUUAUACCCUCUCAGACAUUCGCGGCGAUAUCUUAUAAGUACCGCGCCAAUCCGGCUCUUGCCUACCUCAAGCAGCAUAACCCCGACGAGCGGGCUUACCUAGGGGUGCGCAAGGAGACGCUUGAUACGUUUGUCAAAUCGUGCGCGGGAUACUGCGUCAUCACCUAUAUCCUCGGAGUCGGCGAUCGGCACCUGGACAACCUGCUCCUCACUCCCGACGGCCACUUCUUCCACGCCGAUUUCGGGUUUAUCCUCGGCCGAGAUCCCAAGCCAUUCGCGCCCGCCGUCAAACUCAGCAAAGAGAUGGCGGACGCGAUGGGUGGCUCGAACCCGCCGAGCGAGCAGUACCUGCAGUUCAAGCAGUACUGUUUCCUCGCAUUCGCCGCGCUGCGAAAGUCAUCGAACCUGAUCCUGAAUCUGUUUAGCCUCAUGGUGCAUGCCAACAUCCCGGACAUUAAGAUCGAGCCAGACAAGGCGGUUUUCAAGGUGAAGGAGCGUUUUCAUCUAGAGCUAAACGAGGAAGACGCAAUCCGGCAUUUGGACGGGAUUAUGGAGGAUAGCCUUAACGGCAUCAUGCCUGUUGUCAUCGACCGGCUGCAUGAUUGGGUGCAGGCCUUCAGGCCAUAGGGGUAAAAGAGGUGCUGGCAACCUGUCAUGAUAUGUAUGUAGGAGGGUCCUGGGACGGGGCCCGGCGUAGGUUGGUCGGGCAGCUAUCCGGAGAGGGUUGCAAACAGAGCGGGUUGGAAGUGAAUGAGAUGCGGGACGCAUGACGGAGUUUUGUUGGUCGUUUCUAAAACGACGCGCGUGCAUAGAUCCAGGAUCACACCCACGCAGGAUACCCGAUAUACAGAAGACGGAGACAAGCGGAUCAAAUGCAAGCCACUUCACAGCUUUGGACGGGAGCUAGCGGUCUCGACAUUAUAUCAUGGGCGAUGAUGAAACACGAACGGAGUGCGGCAGCCACAACGUGGGAUGGGAGGGAAAGGCGCAUUUCCGUCCGCUGCGUACCUAUACAUAUGGACACCUAAUACCUCCUAUCCGGGCAUACAGGUAGGUGAGCUAAAGAACGAAGACUACCAAGUAGCGCUGUUAGGAAUCGAACCUAUCCUUCGUUAAGUAACCUACUGAUCUCAGGUAACCUACCUCGCGAUACCUCCAGGUCGUUGAGCUAC